AUGUUGUAUUUGCUUCACGGGAGGCUCGAUGUGACUAUAUACGAGGUAAAUGCACUACAAACUCUUAAUCGGUGCAGUUUCAACCUCUGCAGCAAGGGUACAAGUACUAGAAGAGCGGGGAAGAAAUUUCUUUCCCAACUCAAGAGUCAUUUGUUGCGCCUAUUCCAAUGCCAGCCCGAGGUUAUUGGGAUGAAUCUCUAUGCAACGGUUGAUUUAGAUAAGGCAAGGGUUGGUCGGACUAGAAUGUUAGAAGAAGGAUCCUCCAACCCAAAGUGGAACGAGACCUUUCACAUAUACUGUGCACAUUUGAUCUCCCAUAUUAUAUUCACUGUGAAACAAGAUGACCCUAUUGGAGCAACUCUAAUAGGAAGAGCUUAUGUCCCCGUUGAACAAGUUAUGAACGGGAACAUAGUGAAUACAUGGGUCCAGAUACUAGAUGAGGAUCAUCGUCCCAUACCAGGUGACUCUAAAAUCCAUGUUCAAAUGCAAUUCUCUGAUGUUAAGAAUGACAUAAACUGGUCUCGAGGAAUAAUGAUUCCACGGUUUCAAGGAGUUCCCCACACCUUCUUCGGUCAAAAAAAUGGUUGCAAAGUUACUUUGUACCAAGAUGCUCAUGUUCCAGAUGGUUCUUUGCCUCGGAUCCCAAUAUAUGGAGGAAAACAUUAUGAGCCUAGGAGAUGCUGGGAGGAUAUUUACAAUGCCAUUAUGGAUGCUAAGUACUUGAUUUACAUAACUGGAUGGUCUGUGUAUACUGAAAUAACAUUGAUUAGGGACCAAAGUUCAGAAAGAAGAAUCACCCUUGGGGAGCUGCUCAAGAAAAAAGCAGAUGAAGGUGUUACUGUUCUUAUGCUUGUUUGGGAUGACAGAACUUCUGUUCCUGAACUGAAGAAAGAUGGCUUGAUGGCAACCCAUGAUCAGGAAACUGCAGAUUACUUUAGAAACACAAAUGUGCAUUGUGCUUUGUGCCCACGUAAUCCGGAUGAUGGAAGAAGCAUAAUUCAGGGUUUUGAAAUUUCAACCAUGUUCACUCAUCACCAAAAGACUAUAGUUGUUGACGCUCAAGUUGCUAAUGCUAUUGGAAGAUGGCAGAGGAGAACAGUCGCAUGUUUUAUAGGUGGGAUUGAUCUGUGUGAUGGGAGAUAUGAUACACAGGAACAUCCAUUGUUUUCAACUCUGAAUACAGUCCAUCAUGAUGAUUUCCAUCAGCCAAAUUUCCCAGGUGCUUCCAUUAAGAAAGGUGGUCCAAGAGAGCCAUGGCAUGACAUUCACUGCAAGCUAGAAGGACCUGUUGCAUGGGAUGUGAUGUACAAUUUUGAGCAAAGGUGGGAGAAGCAAGUUGGGAAGCAAUUACUACUCCCUUCAAGCAUGAUUGAUGACACUCUUGUCCCUCCUUCCACUGUAGCAACAACAAAUGAAAACGAGGCUUGGAAUGUUCAGUUGUUCAGAUCCAUUGAUGGUGGUGCAGCUUCUGGCUUCCCCCAAGACCCAGAGGAAGCUGCUGAAAGAGGCCUUGUUAGUGGGAAAGAUAACAUCAUCGACAGAAGCAUUCAGGAUGCUUAUAUAAAUGCUAUUCGCCGAGCAAAGAACUUCAUCUACAUUGAAAAUCAGUAUUUCCUAGGGAGUUCAUAUGGUUGGCAAGCAUCUGAUAUUAAAGUUGAAGAUAUUGGUGCUUUGCAUCUUAUACCAAAGGAACUUUCAUUGAAGAUUGUUAGCAAGAUUGAAGCAGGACAAAGGUUUUCUGUCUACAUUGUCAUCCCAAUGUGGCCAGAAGGUAUACCUGAGAGUGCUUCUGUUCAAGCAAUAUUAGAUUGGCAAAGAAGGACAAUGGAGAUGAUGUAUUCUGAUAUAGCUGAAGCCAUAAGGAGAAAGGGAAUUAGAGCUCACCCAAGGGAUUACUUGACUUUUUUCUGCCUUGGAAAUCGUGAGGGUAAGAAAGAUAAAGAAUAUACUCCUACUGAGGCACCAGAGCCUGACAGUGAUUAUAGUAGAGCACAAAAGUCCAGGAGAUUCAUGAUCUAUGUUCAUGCCAAGAUGAUGAUAGUUGAUGAUGAAUACAUUAUCAUUGGUUCUGCUAACAUAAACCAGAGAUCAAUGGAUGGUGCAAGGGACAGUGAGAUUGCAAUGGGUGCAUUCCAACAACGUCAUAUAACAUCAAACGGGACACCCAGAGGACAGAUAUAUGGAUUCAGACGUGCAUUAUGGUAUGAGCACAUUGGAAAUAUUAAUGAUAACGAAGCAAGCAUCUUUGACAGUCCAGAAAGCGUGGAGUGCAUCAACCUUGUGAAUCGUUUUGCUGAUACCAACUGGGACUUAUACUCAAAGGAAACAUUUGAUGAAUCUAAACCAUUUCACCACCUCAUGAGCUACCCCAUAAAAGUAACCAACAAUGGAGCCAUAACAACCCUUCCAGGGCUUGAAUAUUUUCCUGACACCAAGGCUCGGAUUACGGGUUCCAAAUCAGAUUACCUUCCUCCAAUUCUCACCACCUAG